UCACUUCUCCCUUCUCUCCCAACAGAAAUAAAGCAAGAAGCCGAUUCUCCUCACACCUCAAGAAAGCAUAUAGUCACAAUCUCUUUUGUGUUGUAUAACCAACACAUAUCACACAAGACAAAUAUGGAAAGCUUGGAUGAAUAUAAGCUGUACUGGGAAACUAAUAGAUAUUUACAUACUGAAGAACUCGACAGUUUGGUACUGGAUGAGACAUUAUCAGCAUACUAUGAUUCUAGUUCACCAGAUGGACCUCACUCUUCGGUGGCUCCCAAAAACAUAGUUUCCGAGAGAAACAGAAGGAAGAAACUGAAUGAUAAACUCUACGCUCUCCGAGCUGUUGUCCCCAACAUAACCAAGAUGGAUAAGGCAUCAAUUAUAAAGGAUGCGAUCAGCUAUAUUCAAGAAUUGCAAGAACAAGAGCGCAGAAUUCAAACUGAAAUAACACAGCUAGAGUCCAUGGCUUCCAAGAGAAGCAACUCCGUCGAUGAAUUCAAUCAAGCAGGGGCGGAUACGACGACGUCUGUUGUGUCAAAGAAGAAGAGAACUGAUCAGCAGCAGCUCAUCUUCUCCAAUAAUUCCGGAGGUUCCAGGUCAUCUCCAUCACCUGUCCAGGUCAUUGAGCUAAGAGUGUCUCAUGUGGGAGGAAAGACAGUGGUAGUGAGCAUUACAUGCAGUAAACAAAGGGACACCAUAGUUAAGCUAUGUGAAGCUUUUGAGUCACUGAAUCUUAAAGUCAUCACAGCCAACAUAACCUCAUUCUCGGGGACCCUCUUAAAGACAGUAUUUAUUGAGGCAGGUGAGGAGGAGAUAGAUCUGCUGAGGACAAAGAUUCAAAGUGCGAUUGCAGCUCUUAAUUUUCCAGACAGUCCGAUAAGCUGCUAGAAUAAUAAUGGACCUGGAAAGAUUUGUGUUCUAAUUGUUUAAGCCUUUCUAAUUAGUAGAAUUCACUUUUGCUGCUUCGAAUGAUUAUUGGAAUUAAGAUUUAUUAUAUAUCUUUGUAUAUUAGUUUUCCGGAGUAGUUUUCUAUUUUACAAUAAAAAAUAAUAAAUAAAUUUAUCGCUUAUUUAUGUUUCA